GCGGACAGUAACGCACACCAUCAAGCCGACAUACCGCGUGGUACGUGGCCACGCGUCAACAUGACGAUCCCGUUCACAGAAACCCACCCGGGUACGAUCGUCCAUCGGCCCAAGAAGGAACGGCCUCGGCUAACGAUCCCUAGUUCCGGCGCAGGUUUGGAUGUAGACAAUAACAACUACUUCUCCGGAGCACUCAACGAAGCGAACACAAUUCCGACCAACUUUCAUCCAAUCGGAAGUGCAAGUGGAAACGCUAGCGCCACCACCCCUCAGAUGGCCCUUCCACCCAAGGGCAUUCCACAGACUGGUACAUUUCCGAGCUCGAACUCGAGCAAACGCAACUCCAAUCCUGUCAUGCCGCUUGACAUCAAUCGUUUGCUGGCUUCCAAGUAUGGUGAUCCCACCGCUGGCAUUGCUGCAGGUCCAAACACAGCGAGCGGUGCAAGUGGUGGAAGUGGUCCCAGUGGCGGUAUGCCAGCUAACACCGGAGGAAUGACUCUCGGGAUGCAUAGCAGGGGAGGGAUCGGUGGUCUGAGCGUUGGUGGAAAGUCAAACAGUGGUGCCUUUCCUCGAUCUUCGACGUAUGAGGAUCGACAUCAUAUGAUGGUCGACGGAGGUGGAUUGAAUCUAAACAAUCAUCGCUUCAGCUUGAACCUGUCAGCAAUGAGCAAACAGCUGCAGCAACAUCAGCAGGAGAACUCGCUCGAUUUUAUGCCGAUUCCAUCAUCAGCUUCACAAAAGAGCAACCAUUCGAUCGAUUCGUCGACCGCUAUGCUACCACUCUCAAAAAGUCCGCCGGGGGUGUACUACCCCGGAGCGACAACAAUGGCUGGUGGUGGUGGACUGAUGAUGGGGGGAUCAUCGUCGAAGGAUCAUCGUGGAGGAGCUAGCGCUGGCAGUGGAGGGGACUUCUUUAUGCCGGCCAAAAUUUCCAAAUCCCUCUCAAAGUACUCAAGCGAUGCGGAAAGCAUCGAUACGGAGGUUAUCUCGCUUGGAAUGGGAUCGCUGCCACCGGGAGUAACAACGAACAGUGGUAGCGGUGGCCCUCCGAUGCUGAAAGGAGGAGGAACUGGCAAUAUACAAGGCGGUGGUACUAGCCUGAUGGUUGGGGGUAGCUCUAGCAAAACAAAUACCCUUCCCUUGGCCCACAUGAGAAAACAAUCGAUGGGUACGGGUGGCGGGGGAUCAAAUCGUACAAGUACGGGACAUCAUCUACACGGCAGCGGCGGUGCCACUGCGGGAUACGGAGCAACAAUCCCCGGUUCCUAUCCGCAUCCGUUCAAUAUGCGAAACAGCAGUACCAGCAGCAGCAGCAGCAAUCAUCAAGCGAACACGAUCGGUGUACCGGAAGGAUUAAUGCCGCAUCCUGGUGUGAGCAGUGGUAGAGCGGCAGGACCUGGACCUCCACUAAUCAGUCACCAUGCGCACGGUGUCUCGAUGGAUUACUCCUAUCGGUACAGCCAAUCGAAGGAAGAUGUACCUAUUGCCGGGUACGGUGGUGGCUAUGAGGGAGGCACCUUUCCGCGUAACAAGAGCAGCAGCCAUCAGCAACAAUCGACUGGCGGAGGUUUUCGGAUUCCUUCGAAUCAAAGCGUAACGAGUCGCGGAAGUGGCAUCAAGAUCAGUAAUGGUUCGAUUGAUUGCAGCAGCUCGGAAAGGGCUUCACCGAUUCCCACAUUUGAGGUGCAAGUUCUCAAAACGGGCCACGUUCCGUCCACUGUGGGAGGUAGUGGUGUCGGUGGAUCGGGAGCCGGAUCAGGCUCGUCGAAUAAGCGAAACUCUAUGCAGGAGUACGGGGUACAAUCGAAACCAAACGUUGGUGCGCUGCGUCUGGUUUUGAUCGACAAAAGCGAAAUGUCACUAGGCAUUAAAAUCUUCUGCCGUCGUAAUGGUGGUGGGGUGUUUGUGUCAAAUGUUGGAGAGAACAGCUUGGCAAGUAAGGUCGGGCUACACAUCGGCGAUCAGUUGCUGGAGGUGUGCGGUAUUAAUCUGCGCAAGGCAACUUACGAACUUGCAGCGCACGUGCUUCGUCAGUGUGGCAAUUCGAUCACUAUGCUCGUGCUCUACAAUCCGGUCGUGUACAACAAUCUGACGACGAGCGAGGACAAUCUAGCGCGCUCUGGCUCACCGACACCACAGAACUCACCGCGAACGAUGGGCCGGACGAUCCUUUCGGCCGUUAACACGGCGACCGUUAAUGCGAUCGCCGGCGAUCGAAUGAGUUCAGCACCGAAAACGACACUCGAAGAGCGCAAAGAGUUUAGUGACAGUCUGGAGCAUCAACCACAGCUGCACCAUGACGAUGGGCCCAUUGCCGGACCGAACGCUAGCAUGUUCAAGGAGCAACCGCGUGAAAUCUACAUCGAAACACGCAAAACGUCCAACCUCGGCAUUACGCUGGUCGGUGGCAAUGCCAAUGGGAUCUUUGUACACGGUGUCCAGAAGGACUCGAUCGCCGAUCAAGCCGGUCUACUGGUGGGAGAUCAGAUACUGGAGUUCA